AUGGAGAUCUUAUACUCAUUUAUCCUAUAUACGACAAUACUGCUAGCAUCAGAAGAAAUCACUGAAGAUGAGAUGUCAUUUUUUAUUUCUGGUGGUUUUGCUUUGAGAGAACCGGUAGCAAAGAAUCCUGCUAGUGAUUGGCUUCCCGAAAAAUCUUGGGGUGAAGUAUCAAGAAUUGGCAAAAUUCUGCCAGCCUUUGCCGGCUUUAUGCAAAGCUUCCGUGACAAUUUAUUAUCCUGGAAAGAGUAUUAUGAUGUCUUAGACCCAAUUAACUUGCUUCUACCGCAACCUUGGGAAACAACUUUAACAUCCUUUCAAAAACUGCUCAUUGCAAAAAUGAUAAAAUCGGAUUCAGUGCCAAUCAUGAUACACCGAUUUGUGGAAACUGGAAUGGGUCUAUCUUUUGUGGUACCUCCUCCUUUUAACAUUUCUAAUUCGUACGCUGAUUCAAAUUGCCUGAUGCCUCUUAUAUUUAUCCUAUCCAUUGGAUCAGACCCUAUGGCUACAUUAACUAAAUUUGUGGAAAGCAUGAAUUAUCUUGAUCGUUUUGAAUCGAUCUCCUUAGGUCAGGGUCAAGGUCCUAUUGCACAAAAAAUGAUUGAACGGGCUCAAGCUGAUGGAUCCUGGGUCUGUUUGCAAAACUGUCAUUUAGCGAUUUCUUGGAUGCCUAAUUUAGAAAAAAUUUGUGAAAAUCUCGAUCAUACAAAUACUAUGUCCAACUUUCGUCUGUGGUUGACUAGCUAUCCAUCAAAUCAAUUUCCUGUUAGUGUAUUGCAAAAUAGUGUUAAAAUGACGAAAGAACCACCAAUAGGUUUGCAGAAUAACAUUAUGAGAUCUUAUUUAGCUGAAGGCAUGAAGGAAGUGGAAUUUCUAGAAAAAGACCCGACUAAAAAAAGGACAUACUCCAGAUUAGUAUAUGCUCUAUGCUUUUUCCAUGCAGUAAUUCAAGAACGACGAAACUACGGUCCCCAAGGCUGGAAUAUUAGAUAUGAUUUCAACGAAUCUGAUUUGCAAAUAUCUAUUCAACAGUUUGAAUUGUUUGUCCAAAAUUACGAACAAAUACCAUUUGAUGCUAUCACAUAUCUUAUUGGCGAAUGCAACUAUGGAGGUAGAGUAACAGAUGAAAGAGAUAGAAGAUGUCUUAUUACUAUUCUGAAGGACUUUUUCAACCCAGAUAUAAUCACAAAUCUGAACUACUCAUUUGUGGAUAUUGGCCCAGAAUACACAAUACCAAAAAAACAUAAUUACGAGGACUAUGUGAAACAGAUAGAGUUGAUUCCUUUGAAUCCAUCGCCAGAAGUAUUUGGUCUCCAUGUAAAUGCAAGCAUAAUUCGCAAUCUCGAGCUUGCAGCGAAUUUGUUCAAUUCUUUGACGUUAGUACAGGGUGCUAUAAUCAUGGGUGAUAUUUCGAAGCAAGAUGAAAUUUUAAUAAAUAUGAAAGAAGAUAUAUAUAAAAAAAUACCUGACUUAUUUAAUAUUGAAGAGGCACUAAAGUAUUAUCCGAUUGUGUAUUUGGAAUCAAUGAACACGGUAAUAAUUCAAGAAUUAGAAAGAUAUAACAAUCUUCUGGCAGAAAUUCGAAAUAGUUUGAUAAUAUUGGAAAAGGCGGUAAAAGGAUUAGUAAUGAUGACACCAUUAUUAGAGGUAAUUUCAGCACAACCCAAUACAUCCGCUAUUGAUGGAGCUUAUGCUUACGGAAUGUAUUUAGCUGGUGCACGAUGGGAAUUUAAACAAAUGUUGCUUGCCGAAAGUUAUCCAAAAAUAUUGUGGGAUCCUAUGCCGAUUGUAUUAAUAAAACCAUUGGAAAAAAUGUUUAUUCUUAUCGGAAAUCGAUAUGAAUGUCCACUCUAUAUUACAUCGGCACGUUUUGGUGUACUCAAGACUACAGGUCAUUCUUCUAAUUAUAUAAUGUCGAUUCUUUUAUCCACGGAUCGUCCUGUGAGUCACUGGAUCAAGAGAGGAUUAGCUUUGCUGUGCCAAUUAGAUGACUGA